AUGACCGUUGGCAGUUAUUCAACUUGGAGAUCGUCAGCUCCCGGUUCUAUUAUAUACAUUCCAUACAAAACAUCCCAUCCGUUCACGUGGGAAACUACAGUUUGGAAUGCUGAAUAUGCCUACCUAUUCUUCAACAACUACUGGCACUACUCGAUCUACUUUGCCAUCUUCUACGUACUCGGUAUUGCAGUGUUACAGAGGUACAUGAAAAACAAAAAACCACUGAACUUGAGGUCGUACUUGAUAGCAUGGAAUGUAUUUUUGGCUCUGUUCAGUAUUAUGGGUACCUACAGGAUGGGAGAGGAGUUUGUUUUUGUGAUGAAAACUCGAAGUUUUGAGGAUUCUGUGUGUUUGGCCAUGAAUCCGGACGACGUUUCUACGCUGUGGGCUUGUUCUUUUGUUUUGUCAAAAGUUAUUGAGCUGGUCGAUACUGUAUUUUUGCUCUUUAAAAAGAAGCCAGUCAUCUUUCUGCAUUGGUAUCACCAUGCUAUUGUGUUGGUCUACUGCUGGCAUGCAGGUAAGUUACUUUUUUUUAUAUUUUUGAGUAUAGGUACAUAUACAAAGUAAAAUGGAUUUUAAACUUAACGUAUUUAAAUACACCUACAUCAGCACAUAUUUCAAUUCUUUUUUCAGCCGUCAUUCUGACCGCCGCCUCCCGAUGGUUUAUUUUCAUGAACUACGCCGUCCACUCCCUCAUGUACACUUACUACGCUCUCGCCGCUUAUGGUAUACGAUUCCCUCGAAUAAUCUCAAUGUCCAUUACAACUUUGCAAACUGUUCAAAUGCUUGUGGGUGUCUUUAUAUCGUGUUAUAUUGCUCGUGUCAAAUGGUUUCACAAUGACAUUUGCCAUCAAACUGACAAUAAUCUCAUGUUCUGUUUCGGUAUCUACAUUUCGUUCGCCAUAUUGUUCAUCAACUUUUUCGUAAAAAGCUACAUGUCCAAGAAAUCUCUGAAAAAGAAGGAAUUAUAGAAACUCAUUCAUAGUUUUUUAUCGUUCUUGUUAUAGUUAAUUUUUCUAAUAAAAUAUAAAAUACAGCCGUUGAUCGUUUUAAAUUAAUUUAACAAAUAUAUAUUUUUUAAAUUUAACAUAACACGCACAAGAACUUACUUUGGGAUAGACAUGAGGAACGGGCCGGCCCGGGCUUACCAUCAAAAACUAAUUUCAAAUACUAGACUAACAUAACACUUGUAAUGCUGUCCCACAACGAUAUUAAUCAAGCGCAAAAAGUUUUGGCGCAGCGUUUUAAGAAUAAAAACGUUUGCGGGCAAUUACGUCUCUCGAAAAUAACAAAAACACUGCGGUAUUGGUUAUCGUUCUAAAUUCAGAUGAGCGAUAAAGAUCUCGGAUUCUCGAUUCAAGAUGUUCCGGACGAUGGCCAGAUCCAGUGCAAGAUCUGUUACGGGGAAAGCGAUCGGAUCAACGAGUUUCUCGCGCCAUGUAAGUGUUCUGGCAGUAUGAAAUGGGUUCACAAAGAGUGUAUGACGCAAUGGAUGGAUCAGGCACCGUUAUUACAACAGAGUCAAUGUAAUACAUGCAAGUAAGUGGUUUAAUUUGUGUUUUUAGUUUAGAAAACAGUUAAGUUAGCCGUUUUUAGGUAAUAUCUUAGUGUAUUUUACUUUUAAGCAUCGUUUCUUGAUGUUUCUUGUUUGUAAGAUGGGUGUUUAACGUUUUUGUAAUAUUAGGAGAUGAAUAUUGUUACAUUUCAAAAAACUUCAAAGAGCUAUCAAGGAAGAAUCUUACCCAUUGAAGUCGUUGACCUAAUUAUUUAAUUUGUCAAGAUUCAAGUGUUUUUACAGCAUAAAGAAUCGAUUAAUGAUUGACUAAGCUAGCCUAGUUGCUAUGCAACUAUUCAUCUUCACAUUAUUAAUGUAUUAACUUUACUACUUUCAGAUUUCCAUACAAAAAGUGCUGGAGUUUAAAGCCUGUAAACAAAUGGGGAUGGCCAAAACUUAACCUUGGGGGCUGGGAUAUGGUAGAAAUAUUCUUGGACCUAUAUUCUACAUUCAAAUUGAUCAGGAACACGAUCUACACGAUUCAAGGCAAACGAGGCAUCUUUGGACACAUGGUGUACUUCUUCUUCUGGAGGGCAUUCAUCUUCAGUAAUUCGAGGCUCAGGUAUUACAAAGCGAUGGGGAAGAAGAUGGCAUUAGCGAUAUUCGAGGCCAAUAUUCAAGGAGUUGAAUAG